CCCCAUGGAAGGGACCUCAGCUGCUGCAAAUUCUUCAAGCCUCCCUCCUCUGUCCCGAAGGCUAUCACAGAUAAGGCGUCGGAAAAAGAAGACGCGAGACGAGAUGUUCGCAGAAAUCAUGGAAUCCACCCGCAGUGACAGAGCUCAUCUGAAUGAGUGGAAGGACACGGUUUCAAAGUAUAGGAAAGAAGACAGUGAACGUGAGGACAGGAGGGACCAACGUGAGGAGAGGAGAGACGCUCGAGAUGAGAGGUGGUGGCAGGAAGAUCAGAGGAGGCAGGAUGCAACACUGGGGCUGCUGCGUGAGCAAACAGACAUGCUCCGGCGUCUGGUGGAGCUUCAGGAACGGCAGCAGGAUAACAGAGUGCCGCUACAGCCCCUGUAUAACCCCCCUCCCCCCUCACCAUGUUCCAUAGCCUCCUCACCCAGACGUGUAAGAACGCGGGGGGGGAGGCUCCGUACACCUUCCCAUUCCACCCCAGUGGACAGCCCAAGCAAAAGGCUGUCAUUUUUUUAACCUUUUUUUAGUGGCCUUUUCCUUCCCCCCGAUCCU